AUGGAGCAAGCGAGACCUAACUGGACUCUAAUUGCUGGAUGUUCAGAAGGACAAACCGUAUCAGGAAAGACAAAUUACGAUAAUUACGUGUUUUGGUCACAUCCUGUUGAUGUUCAUUACAUAACAAAAGGAAUUCCAGGGUGGCCCAAGAUAAGUUUUCACGAUUUUAUUUCCCCGACAACUGAUGUGUCAUUAACAGUUUUCGAUUUGAUAUAUGAUGACGAUAACGUUUCGGAGACAUAUGGAUCCACAACUGAAACAUUGUUUACCAGCACGGAAUUAGAUAAUGUCACAGAGAUUACUUUGUUUGAAAAGACUUCCACAACUAUCAAACCGAACGUAGCUGUAAAUAAAAUAAGAAAUAAGGAUAAAUGUUUCUGCGAUUUGUUGUACAAGCAAUGUGACCUUCAUUGUUGUUGUGACGUUGAGUGUACAGCAAAAGAAAAAGAAUUGUUUGGCCAGUGCAAACCAGAAACUCUGAUAAGUCGUAAAAAAGAAUCCUGGGAACAGUUUAAAUGUGAUGCUGAUGGUAUUGAAGGCUUCAAUAGUUUUUUCUGCAUAGUUAAAACAAACUUGCCUGAAAAAAGGAUUAUAAUUAAACAGAAGAUUAAUAAAGUACUAAUUAAAGAUGCGUUUUUAUGGCAUGAUAAUUAUAAAACAGCAACUUCUCAUGACUUCAAAAGAAACUUCUAUAGUAAUGAUGACCUUGUUUGGGUUUUAAGGAACAAAUCCGUAGAUCAUUUGGAUUUGCCAGCUUCUAUAACAAACAACUAUUGCAAUGUCCGACGCCCAAUGAAAUUUUUGAGGAACGAAAAAAUUACCUGUCAACUAAAAUACAAAGAUCUUGAAAUGUUUCGUGUUCUUAAAACGGUCGAACAAUCCGCAGUUAUCAGUGUCACCAAUCAUUCGUUGAACAACACUCAUAUGAAUUGCUCGUCCCUUUAUUGCAGUAACUGGACAAUCACUUACUGCGACGACCAGGACUGUGUAUCUUAUAACAAAAGCUUACACGAACCGAAAUGCACGGACAGUUGGUGCAGCAAUGUAGCUCAGAAGUUAGAGUAUGUCUUCCACGUUUUCGACACGAAAAUUGUCAGUGCCGAAAUCAAGUUGUACGCUCAAAGGGUGCCGGUCACAUUAAAAUAUAUGACGCAAGAAGUCAACGUGCAGUUCCUCAUGGGGAACGCUUCAAUUGUAAGACCUGUGAAGUUGAGCGGGAACCCCGGAUACGUAAUGGGCUUGCCUAUAAUCGUGUCGUUCGCAGAGACCAACCACACCUAUCACUUUUUUAACAAAAGUACAGAAAACGUACUGUCUUUGCCCAGCAACAGCGGCGGCGCUUGCGUUAAAUCUCGAAUCACGAAGAAGGACCUACAGUUUGGUUACAACAAGAGAAUGAAAUGCAAAAUUUCUAUUAGGUUAAAACCUUUUACCAAUGGCACGGAAGCUUGCACUAGCGUCCAGAGCCAUAUCGAUAAAAUGCUGUCGGUCGAUCGCAAAACGUAUAUUUCGCCAUACGUAAGAGACAGACUAUACGGGGAGGGGAAAGGAGAGGGGGGUCCCGAG